CAUCUUCGAUCAUGCUGCUGUGGUACAACACAGGGAAUUCCACUAUAAGCUCACAAUACGAAACACAGGGGUAUAAAAUGAGAUGGUGAGAGGACGUCUACAUCAAACCAGGCUUUCUGAUCUGAAAGGAAACACAAGAAGGUGAAAACGCUUCAGAAAUAAUCCAAAAUGAAAACCAUCCAGCUUGCUGUCACUUUACUCAUUGUCUGCAUCGGCUGUGCUGAGGCUCUGAGGUGCAAUCGCUGCGUUCCUGCAAGACCCGGUGGAUCAUGCACCACCUCAGUGGAAGAGUGUGGGUGGGGAGAGGACGUCUGCAUCAGCGCUUUCAUAUCCACUCCCAGAACAUAUUCCCACUUCAGGAGGUGCUCAAAGAGAGGCGAUGCCAUGAUCAUGGACGUCAACCCCCACAUCACCGUUCGCAUGUGUGAAACUGACCUUUGCAACUGAAAGAUGAUGACUGAGCACUUCAUGCAAACAUGAAUAAAGACAUCAGCAAAAAUC